UCGAAAGUGGUCUCCGGCUCCGGUCCUCGGCUUCCCGGCUAUUGCGUCUCGCGCCCCCCUUCCCCCCACUCCCGCCAGGGUCGCCGAGUCGCCUCUCUCCGACCUCGCCUCAGAGGCCCUGCAGCCCGGACUCAGACUCUCCCGCCCAGAGCAAGUCCGAGGCCCCGGCGACCCUUCGAGUCUGGGCCUUCCCGGCCCCCGGCUGGAGCCCGCCUGCUGUCGCCAUGGCAUGCAGUUUGCAGAAGCUGUUUACUGUGGAAGAGGAGUUUGAAGAUGAGGAUUUCUUGUCUGCUGUCGAGGAUGCAGAGAACGAGUUUGCUGGCUCAUGGCCCGUGAAUGCCGGGUGCCUGAGGCCUGUCUCUUCCAGGCCACGGGACACUGUGCAGGCGCAGGCUUCUGGGCAGCCGCCGCUAUGCCCUGCUGCUCAUUCAGAGGCUCUGGGCCCGUCAGCCCUGGGACUCCGCCUUCCUACCUCCAGCACACUCGGGGCCAUCAGGGGUCCACCUUCCACAGGAACAGCCCCCCUAAGGCCCAUCUCGACUUCCAGCAGCUGGACCGGCCAUCACAGACGAGUGACACUGACAGAAGCACUCAGGAAGCCAGCAAGCUCCCCGCCCUCAGCCUCCCGCUCCCUGCACCCCUUUGAGAGCCCACAGCAGGUGAUUAGUGGCUUUGAGGGGACUGAACAAGAUGACUUUGAUAAGGUCCUGGCAAGCAUGGAGCUGGAGGGGCCUGGCCUGGAGCUGGGACUUGGGACCAGCAGUGAGGCCCCAGGAGUCCCGGCCACCUGGCAGCAGGAGGACUCGGCCUUGGCUAAAAAGGCCUGCGUAGCUGAUCUGAGCAGGUCUUGCCAUAAGGGGCCCACGCCUGCCUCCCACGUACUAAGGACCAGCUCAGCCCAUGACGAGCCCCAAGCACCCGGUGUCCGCCGUGGGGCCGCGCCGCCCCACCUGAGACCUGGUGCCGUGAGCGACCUUCCUUUCCCAGCCGCCUCCGUGCUUCCUGCCCAGCAGCCCCGCUCAGAAGCCUGCCCCAAGGGGCCUGCUCUUCGAGCACUGCCGCCUCUCCCAGCGGCCAGCACACCAGCUCAGAGCAGCCCCCAGAGUCGUUUCCCCAGUCAGUCGUUCCAGUGUCCAAACGCCUGCCUACGGGGCAAAUCUCCCCCUCCUGGAUCACGAACGCCCAACCCUAUCUGCCCUGCUCCCUCAAGGACUAACUUAACGUCAUUUCCCCGGAGCCCCUUACAACCCCGAGCUCCAGUGUCUUCCGUCAAGUGUCCCGCCGGCCCCCCAAAGAGCCCCCGUUCCCCACUGGUUCCCCGAGCAGCGCUGCAGACGCCCAUCGUCACCAACCACCUGGUGCAGCUGGUCACUGCCGCCAGCCGGACACCCCAACAACGUGCCUGCGCCAAAACCCGCCGCUUCCCCGGGCCCGCAGGGGUCCUGCCCCACCAGCACGGCGGGAGGAAUCUGGAGGAGAUCAUGGUUUCCACACCGCAGACUCCGACUCACGGCGCCCUGGCCAAAUUCCGGGCCGAGAUGGUUACUAGUUCCCAGGCGUCGGCGGAGGAGGAUUUUGGGCGAGGGCCCUGGCUGGCCAUGAAAGCUGCCCUGGGCCUGGAUGAGAGAGACCCCACCUGCUUCCUCUGCACCUAUAGCAUCGUCAUGGUGCUGCGGAAGGCAGCCCUGAAGCAGCUUCCCAGGAACAAGGUGCCCAGCAUGGCAGUGAUGGUCAAGUCCCUGAGCCGGAGCACAAUGGACGCCAGUGUGGUUUUCAGGGACCCCACGGGAGAGAUGCAGGGCACGCUGCACAGGUCGCUGCUCGAGACCCGUCAGAGUGAGCUGAAGCCUGGCUCGGUGCUGCUGCUGAAGCAGGUUGGAGUCUUUUCUCCUUCGCUCCGAAAUCACUACCUCAACGUGACACCCAACAACCUGGUCCAUAUUUACAGCCCAGAUUCUGGGGAUGGGAACUUCCUGAUGCCAUCUCAGCCCUUCCCCAAGGACCCCAGGAGCUUUGCUGGCGCCCUCCAUCAAGAGACCAAGACCGCAAAGUCUGGAAGAGUCCUGAGAACAGCGCACGGGGCAGAAGCAGGGGCCUCCCCUGAGCAGGAACUCCCGGAAGCAGAUGACCUGGACGGACUCCUGAGUGAGCUCCCUGAGGACUUUUUCUGUGGGACCGGCAGUUGGGACUGCCCCGAGGCGAGGCACCCUCCGUGAGCACGCAGCCUCUCGGCACCCGAGCAGGAUCCCCGGUUGUGUCGGAUCGGGUCCCGGGGAGAGGGGGAGCCUGGCCCGACUGCAGGAUAAACACGGCUCCGGGCUUUUAGGGCCGCCUUGACCUUGGGUGCCUUCCCUGGGAGCACCCUUGUCCCUCCGACUCCCCGCUGCUGUCACUCAUGCCAGAACUCAGCCCAGGAAUGACCUUUCUGCUGCUCUGUCCUCCAGGCCCUUGGGUGCAACCAUUCCUUCUCCUGCUGGGGGAAAGUGUGGCCCUCCCCUGCCUCACCUUGACUUUAGAGGCCCCUGAGCUCCUUACUCCCUGUCCCUGGACACCUGAGGAGCCACAGGAGCCAUACCCCAGCAGUGGCGGCCCGUCCCUCCGGGCGGGGAAGCAACACACUCGGACUUCCCUCUGCUUUGUCUCUUGAGGCUGUAGCUGCCCAGCUCACCUGUGCCCUGGGUUCCCAGGGGCGGGGGGCAGGGGUGCGGCUGUGGUGUCUUGUUCUGAAAUAAAGCAGCUGCCUGCCCCGCU